CUUUGCAAGAUGAAAGCUAUCAUCGUUUUUAUUCUGUUCAUUUCAAGUGUGCAUGCUAUGAGCAAAUGCAACCAAGCAAUUUAUCUAAAUCUUGAUCCUCACUGCGGAAUACUUCCCGAUUGUAACUUAGAUGGUCCAAAUCCAAGUUACCUCAAAAGGGUGUCGUGUGAACGCAAAGAAAACGGAAAACCAGGAUUCAUCGAACUAAUUCCCGGAAAAUGUCUCCAUGGUAAACCGCGUUGCUCGUUAAAAUAGUAAUAUUGUUCCAAUAUUUCCAUGCAUAUAUGUUUCAAUUAAAGGCAUUAUAAAUACCUAUAUUCUAUAAUUCUUCUGAGAAGCAUUUUAAAGCAUUAAAUUAUAUGUAAACUACUCAAUCUGCGUGCGAUUAUGAAAGCUUUGAG